AUGGGAAGGGCGGAUGCACUGCAUUCAAGGAAAUCGCCCGCCAAUAAAGCAGCUUGGACUGACACUUCUUCUCAAUCGGCCAUCGCGAAUACUCUUCCGGUGGAUUCGGCGAUACAUAAAGAGGGUACAGAUAAAGCCGCGCGAGAUGAAAGGCUUGAGCGGAAACAAAAUGUUGAGAGCACUCGCCUGCCACAGCACCUUGGACCGCACGAUCAAGAGAGCGAGGCUCAUGGGCAAGUCGCACCACUGUGGAAGAAAAGCCAGGGCCGACGAGCGCAACCGGAGCAACGCGAGAAGACACCUGGGGCGGGUUCGAGCCCCAAGCAGUCAUGGCGUAUCCCUGCGACUGCACAAGGGACUCGGCGUGCAGUGGCAGUGAACUCAGAAAAGGGAGGUGCUGAAAAAGAAUACACGUCCCACGUUCAAGUGGGAUACUGUCACACACAAGGGCCCGAGGACUCACAGAAUUUUCUCGACCGAAUCGGCAGCCGAGGAAAGCCAGCCACGAGGUCACAUGGAGGGGCUACUCAAGAUGCUGCGGUAUUGGGAUAUAGUGAUUCGCCUGUGUGUGGCUCCACAAAUGAAGAAGUCUUCACUGGAUGCACACUACAGGGUUUCCAAGCAAAGGCGGGUGACAUGGAUCUGGUCAGCCCUCCUGAAAGCCCAGAAAACGGAAAGGACGCCCCCUUGACCAAGGGGUGCACAGAUGCAACUCAGGAGAGCGUCUUUUGCUCUUCAUGUUUGCCUCUCGUGGACAAGCUGCUGGCUGGGUAUUCUGCGUCAGUCAUUGCUUACGGACAAACCGGGGCGGGGAAAAGCUACACCAUGGUUGGUGACCGCUGCAUGGAAGACUUUCAUAGAGGACUGAAAGACGCAGCAACUCGCGGCAUGAUUCCCCGUAUCAUUGAGUCCCUGCUGAGGCGAACGGAGACCCUAUCGCGACAGAACAGUGGAACCGUGUUCUCCAUCCGAGGAUCGCUGAUUGAAAUUUACAAUGAGUCUGUCCGGGAUCUUCUUACGCCUGGAAGGAAUAGCCUUCAAAUCCGAGAAUCAAGUCACCCAGGCACAGUGAUAACUGACGCAGUAGAAGUGCCGCUCUCAAGCGUUGCAGAUGUGUUAGAUGUAAUCCAGACCGGCUUCGCGAACCGAGCGCUUGGUACAACACUGUCCAAUGAGAAAAGCUCACGAAGCCAUGCAAUCUUUCAGAUUACCCUACGGCAAGACAGUAUCGCGGAAUGCACUACGAAGUCUUCUCAACUGCUGCUCGUCGAUCUCGCCGGUAGUGAAAGAGUCUCUAAAGCAAAUACGACUGGGGAGCGGUUGCGAGAAGCCCAAAAUAUCAAUCGCUCGUUGCUGGCCCUAGGAAAUGUGAUAAAUGCCUUACCCCCUACAGCGGGGUCACCGAAACAUGUGCCGUACAGAGAGUCGAAGCUGACUCGCUUGCUACAACAAUCCCUUGGAGGCAAUUCCUUUACUGUCAUCCUCCUGUGCUGCUCUCCGCACUCGUUUAACAUCCGAGAGACCCUGAGCACGCUUCGGUUCGGCUCUCGGGCAGCUCAUGUCCAGAACAAACCGCAGUCGAUGGAGGCGUUGAGCCCUGGGUUACUCCAGAGGCGCCUAGUGGAGUCACAAACCGAAUUACGCUUCAGUCAAGCUCGCCUGCGAGCCUACGUGACUCAAAACGCCCGCCAACUUGAAGCCAUAAAGAUGCUACAGAGACAUAUACCGGAGGAUACUCGCCUGUCACCUGAUGAUACGGCUCUCCUCCAAACAGCCCUCGACGGAUGCAGUAUCGUUAAUGGUCUGUUGAAAUCCCCGCCACCUGCGACGUGCCCUACAAAAACGGUUGCACCAUCGCAGUACACACGGAUGACGCCGCCCCUGCACCCUCGCAAACUCCCGCCAGCCACCCGUGUGCCUCCUGUUACUUCCAUUAGAGACCUCUCAUCAUCUCUUGCCGGCCAAAACAGGCCCCAGGCAAAAGUGUACUCUGCUUACAUUGAUUCACUACCACAAGGACGUGCUUUUGGGCCUCAAACUCCACAGUCCACAGCGGCGCCUGCCCCGGCCGCUGCAUUUGUCCAGCCCGUAUCGAGAGUCCCGAGUCUGGCUUCGUCGAACGGCGGUCACCUACCGAAAGUGUCUGAGGGGCUGCCUCCGCACUCGGCACAGCUGCAUGAGGAAGAGUUGCCUCAGGAUGCAUCUUUAGAUACUGUACCGCAGUUCCCCCCUCAGCAGAGACAAGCAGACCUGUGCGCCGUUGCGGAUGUUCCGAACUUAGAGUCGCAAACAGCAACGCAAGAACCGGCGUGCCGACCAGUUGAGCCAGGGAACGAAGACAAGGAGAGCUGUCCUACAUCAGCAAAGCCUCUCCAAGAAAAACAGCCCUCACGGCUCUCUCGAUUCUUUUCCCUCUCCAAAGGACGUUCGUUAAAAUCCAAAGAAGACAGAAGAAACGUGCAGAGUAACCAGGCAUAG